GUGAACGGCAUAUUCAUGGAUAUAUGCACGCGCGUAUGGUAGGGAUCGAGCCUGCCGGCCGGCUCAGAUGUAGAUAUGAUAGGGGUGGCUUUUGCAUUUGCACGCAAAAACACUGACCAGCGGUAGCUAGCUUAGCUAGCUAGUACGUAGAGUUCUUCAUCCACAGUCGUCCACACCCCACCCGCGGGCCAGCACUUCAAUGGCGGCGGCGCCUCCUGCCGCAGAGGCAGCUCUUCUUCUCCUCCUAGCAUUACUGGCACUCGCCGCGGUGGCUCUGAGACGCGGCGAUGCGCUGAGCCUGGAUUUGUACGACGUGACCUGCCCGGAGGUGGAGGCGGCGGUGACGGCGGCCGUGCGGCAGGCCAUGGCCAACGACCGCACAGUGGCGGCCGGACUCCUCCGAAUGCAUUUCCACGACUGCUUCGUGAGGCAGGGCUGCGACGGCUCCGUUCUCCUGGACUCCACGGCCACCGUGACGGCGGAGAAGGACGGCCCGCCCAACGCGUCGCUGCACGCCUUCUACGUCAUCGACAACGCCAAGCGUGCCGUGGAGGCCCUCUGCCCCGGCGUCGUCUCCUGCGCCGACAUCCUCGCCCUCGCCGCAAGGGACGCCGUCGCGCUGUCCGGUGGUCCGUGGUGGGUGGUGCCCGUGGGGCGGCGGGACGGGCGCGUGUCCCUGGCCAACGAGACCACGGCGGCGCUGCCGGGGCCGACGGCCAGCUUCGACCAGCUGAAGCAGGCGUUCCACGGCCGCGGGCUGUCCACCAAGGACCUGGUGGCGCUGUCGGGCGCCCACACGCUGGGCUUCGCGCACUGCUCCUCCUUCCAGAACCGCAUCCUCCGAGCCCAGCAGGGCGUCGCCGCCGCCGACGACCCUUCCCUCAGCCCCUCCUUCGCCGCCGCCCUUCGCCGUGCGUGCCCCGCCAACAACACCGUCCGCGCCGCCGGCUCCGCCCUGGACGCCACCUCCGCGGCCUUCGACAACACCUACUACCGGAUGCUGCAGGCCGGCCGGGGCCUGCUCUCCUCCGACGAGGCGCUGCUCACGCACCCCAAGACGCGCGCCUUUGUCGCGCUCUACGCCGCGUCGCAGGAGGCAUUCUUCAGGGCCUUUACAAAAUCCAUGCUGCGGAUGGCCGGCCUCAACGGAGGCCAAGAGGUGCGAGCCAACUGCAGGCGAGUUAACCCAUCAUGAUCCAUCCUAUCCAUGAUGCCAUCAUCAUUCCAUUCCAUUCUCGUCCUCCGAUCCUCCUCGUCUAUACACUACUACUAGUAUAUUAAUUGUACUAUUGUACUGUACGUACUGCCUCCUCUGCCUGUACCAUUAUAUUAUACAGUAUUCGUCGUCCGCACGUAUUUGCAUCGCAUCCAGUGCCAGUACUCGAUCCGGCGUGUGGGGGCUGGGCUGGCUAUAUACAUGCAUAUAACAUGCUACCUCUAUUCUCAAUAUAUUUUGUCCCUUAGUUUAA